CCAUGUUAUUUCACAGUCUCUCCUAGACCACUGGGGCUGCAGGGAGUCCCUCAGCUCAGGGAAUAACAGAGCUCAUCUACUGAAACUCCAAAAUGCAUGUUGCAUAGAGUGCUUCAAAUAAGAAUCACAUACUCUAUGCCAUCUGUGCCGACACUAUGACCCGCUUUUUUUUCUAAAGUGCAUGUAGUGCCAAGCCCUCCACCUUUACAAAUAAGAUAAGGGCAGUGCUGCAAGAACUCUCCUGGCAUCGUGGUAAAUAGGCUACAUUUGAAAUGGAACAGACGAUAGAAAAAGACAACCUGCUACCGGAGAGGAAAGAUCCUAAUGACGAAGAAGGGGGGAUUCGCCGCAGGCUGAGAGACAGAGACCUCCUCAAGAAAAGGAAGGCUGAGGCAGAAGAGAAAGCAACUAACCAGUGGGUUUAUGGAGCCCAGAGUAAAAGGCAGCGAGGGAGACGAGAAGAGAGGAGUGGCACAGGUAAGAAGGGCCGCCCCAGGAAGGUUAAUGCUCCUUUAGAGGCAUCGGUGCCUCAGGAAGAAAUCCCUCCUGCAGAUGUGGUCCCUGCCCCAGUGGUUGAGAUUGAACCUUUGCCCAUCUUUCAAGCAUUGCCUCCGGAAAAGGUUGAGCCUAAGCUACCUCCUGCUGCCACCGCUCUCCCUGUGCCAGUUGUGGGUCUGAAUCCACUCCCAGUCCCUGUUUUUGCCCCAGGCCCUUUACCUGCCCCGGCCCCCGUCCCUGCACCAGCACCGGUACCUGCCCCAGCCCUGGCUUUGGCCCCUGCCUCUGGUUCUACCUUUUCUCCUACAGUAACAGCAAGUGGGUCUGCAGAGGAGGUCUUCAUUGAAGACUUGGGGCCAGACGAGGAAGAGGAUCUUCCGCUGCCUCAAGGGAAUCUAAUCAUUGAUCAGGGCGCAAGUGAAGAGUCGCCUGCUGAUGUGCCUGAACAAAAGAAGACGUUUUCAUACCCGCUGUUUGCUUCCCCACCACCUCAGCAAGAAUAUCUUCCAGGAAAUUUCAUAUAAAUGCAGUAUUUUUCUUUUCAUCCAUAGAAAAUGCCUGUCAAUUAAAUAGGCCUAGGCCAAUAUUGUGAAAAAAGUCUUACUUUUUGUUUUUUAAUAAUACUCUGUACUAGUUGAUAGGCCAGUCAACAUAUUUGAAAAUAAAAAAAGUGUGCAAAAAGAAGAAAUAAACUUUUUAUAGUUAUUUGGA